CGUGGACACAAACACCCCCGAAACUGCCCGAAUUAAAUAAAAAAAGUGUAAGAGUUUCUUCUGAAACUGCGACAACGUGAGAUGAACAACAAAUAGAACAUAAAGUCCAAUAAUAAAUAUGUCUCUUACAGCCACAUAAAGGCGCUUUGCCUCGCCGUUAGCACACUGUGACGCUGCGUGGCUAUCAGAGGCAGCUAACGUCCGUUGGUAGCAGCAGUAUGGGCUGACUGAAGAAAACGCCAAAUCAUUUUCUUAUUUUAGAGUCCAAUGCUGGCCGCCCGCUCCUCUCUGAGAACUGUAACCAAAACCAUGACCUCUGUGGCAGCGACGACAUCCUCGGACCCUCGGGGGCUGCGUGCAUCCUCCAGCCGGGGUGCACGCAGCGGGAGCCCGCGGCAGAGGCUCCAGAAGCUGCCGGCGGUGUCCGGAUCCAACCCGAGCCGAGUGAACGACCUGCUGCUGCUGCUGCGGGCCGACACCGACACCGACACCGAGGACCGGACCGGUACACGGCCGAGGGAGGAGAGCAACAACCGGCAUGUUGUGUUUUUCCACGGGGAUAUUCAGAACUUCCAGGAGGAGAUGGCCGUGCAGCCCGAGGGCUCCCAGUGGCUCUCCUGGAGCCUGGAGCAGGUCGCCCUCACGCUGGGCCGCCGUUUCCCCGACCACCACGUGUGGGUGGUCCGAGCCUCCCGGAUGUAUCUCCACAAGUUCAGCUGCUACCUCAACUUCGUGGAGAGCAACAUGUUCGGGGCUCCAGAGCACUCGCCGUACUCACCUGACUACGGAGCGUUUCACCACCUCAGGGCGCUGCUGAGCCACGGCAUGGAGCGAGCCAACCUGCCGAACCCUCUGCAGACACAAGGAGGCGCUGACGGCAUCCCCUCGGGGUUUUCACUCACGCUGGUGGGCUUCAGCAAAGGCUGCGUGGUCCUGAACCAGAUGGCGUACGAGCUGGCCGGGGCCCGCGCAGACCCGCAGCUGUCUCACUUCGUCAGAUGCAUCUCGGACUUGUACUGGCUGGACGGCGGGCACCCGGGAGGCAGCGAGACCUGGGUGACGGACAAGCAGGUGCUGAAGGGACUUGCUUCCAGCGGGGUGUCGAUUCACGCCCACGUGACCCCGUACGAGGUGUGCGACCCGAUGCGGGCCUGGGUGGGCCGCGAGUACGGACACUUCAUUAAGACCCUGGAGGAGUUCGGGGCCUGUCCAAGUAAGAAGCUGCACUUCGAGGACGAGCCCCCCUCCAUCGAGAACCACUUCAGGGUCAUCCAGGAGUUCUGAGGUUGUCGACACCACACACGCAGCCUGAGCUGAUACUCCCAACGUCACUGAGCGCUUUAAUUUAUUAAGAAUGCUGAUUGAAUGUCUUAUUCGCUGGUUUUACCUCAUUUUUCUGAUUUAAGGGCUCAGAAUUUAGAGCAUGUGACAGAUGCUGGUCACCUUUUUACCGCUAAAUGCACUUGAUCCCAGUCUGAAUGAUCCUGGGGCUCCGAGCGGGAAUACGCAGGUAUGAAAAUGGUCUUUUCUUCUUCAGGCUAAAUGUGAUCUUUUACAUUUGAUUCUGGCUCAAACUUCCUGCGGAGCCGUUGAUUUAGAUGUUGUUUCAGUUCGCGAAUGAGGACGUUUCUCUAAUUUAAAGGGACGGUUCACCCCAAAAUCAAAAACACGUAUUUCUCCUCUUACCUGUCGAGCUGUUUACCCAUCGAGGUUGUGUCGGUGCGAGUUGCAGAGCUUUGGAGAUAUCAGCCGUCAACCUGAAACCAAAACCGUUAUCCAUUCCGCUUAUCGGCCCGAUUCUUUGUCCAUUUCAGGUUUUCAGCGUUAACACAAUUGUUUUAUUAUCCCUGACUAAAAAAAGCGCUUUGAGAAGACGAACCCAGAGGGGAGACGGCAGACGGGGCCGAACUGUCCCUUAAAGGUGUGAAAGAUAAAGUAUAGCUUUGAUUUAUUUUAAUUUCUGCCAUGAUUUUAAACUCAAUGUAUGUUUGGCUGAAGCAGGAACGGCGUAUUACAUUCUCCUUAUAGCUGCACUUUUACUACCAGCUCCUGUUAAGACACGUGAAUGUCUGACUGUCUGUUUGACUCUCAGUAGUGAGUCUCGAUUGUACUCGUGUGGCCGAUUUAAUUAAUGAUUACUUGGUCAGAAAGUUAAAAAAAAUGGUUUCUGUUGUCAUUCCUUCAGUUUGAUCCCAACUCGGGAUUUUCCACCCAAAUGUUCCCGAUCUGUUUGUUUCAGUUAACACAGCAGAAAGUGACAACAGUCUCACCUCAUCUGUCGAUAGUGGAGCUGCUUCAUGUGGACGUUGAGGUGAGACUUUAGUGUAAGAAUUAACUGUUGAAGUCAUUACCUUCCUUAUUACUUAUCCCUUUUUAAAAAAAAAACAUGAACUGAUUGUGUUAAAUUGCUUUUUUCACAUUUAUGUUUUAAAAAUAUACCAAAUUACCUUUUUAAAAAUGAAAUGUUCUAACUAAACCGACUGUAAUGAUGUUAAACGAGGAGUUCUUUGUUUAAAAGAAGUAAUUUAGAAAGACGUGUUAACGAGGCGGCGCUUGUUAUUUCUGUGGUUAGAAGUUAAGAACCGCUUUGUGUCUACUGUACUUUAACUGCAAUAUGUAAAAACACACACUAGUUUAAUGGGAAUGUGGCAGCAUGUGUAUUAACGUCUGUAUGAUGUAUUAAUGUCUGUGUGACGUCUGUGUGAGCUUACGUCGCGUCUUUGCACUACGCUGAUGGCUGUAACUCGUUUAGCUGAAUGUAACUUCAGAUCAUUCCAUUGUGUUUACUACUCGCUGUACGUCGUGCUGUGAGUGUGCGAGGAGGAGGACGGAGGAGAUUAACUUUUAAAAAAAAAGUUGUUUAGCAAGUGCACAGCCAAGUUAACACACAUUAUUUUAAAUCAUCUGCUUGCUGUUUGGUGUAGGUUGUCCUGUCAGUGGUUAGAGCGAGGGAGAGGCUGCAACAGAGAAAUGUUUGAGUAGUUUGAUAGAGGAGUUUGUUUCUCGUCAGUCAGCAGGGGGCAGCAGUGUAGAACAAGUGAAGCGACUCAAAGACAACAAAAAGAAGACAACACAUACUCCACUGGAUAUUUUCUACAACCUUUAAUGAGCUUUUUUCAGUUUGCUUUGUGAUGCUUUUACAUAUUAGCCUGCAGUUGAUCAGAAUACAAUAAGGGAUUAUGUCUUUUUUUUUUUUUUAGUCAUUUCAGACGCAAUCAGAAUGCUCAUACAUUAAAAAAAUAUAAAAUGCAAAAUAAACACACAUUUCUUGCACAUUUA